AUGUCGACCACAAACAAAACCACUUUUGACUCACCCACACCCUAUUAUAAAGCUCUCUUUCAUACUUUCAAAUUUCCUUUCGCUACAACAAAUGGUGUAUUCAUUGGAAAAAAGGAUUCCGAUGAUCACGUAAUUAUUACAGAUUGUGUUCCUUUGUGCCACUCCGUUUCUUCGAUAUGUACACUUCCAUUGCUUGAAAUGGCUUUGAUUCAAAUCGAUGCCAUCAUAGGAGAGGAUCAAUCAAUAGUUGGAUAUUAUUUUGCACAAGAUGUCGUUCCCGAUACCUCUUCUGUUGAAAUACCCUCAAUUCAUCUUUCCGUCUUUUCGAAAAUUUGUGAAAAUUUCUCAGGUGCUUUACUUUGGAUGCUUGACAGCAGAAAACUUUCAGAACUCUCCAACACAUUUGUUUUCAAGACAUUCUACCUAAAAUCACCAGGUAAGGUGGCACCAGAAUCUCAAAAAGGUGACAACAAGGGUUUAUCACAACCAGACUUGGAAAAACUGGCCACAUAUUUUGAGAACAGAACUUUUGAUUCAAUUGUUGACUUUGAGAUGCAUGCUGAUAAUUUAUCCUUGGAUUUUAUGAAUAAAUCAUUGUAA